AAAAAAGCUACAUUAAGCAGUCUACUCUGGGCGACCCAUCCCGUGCGACACUUUAUCAAACAAGUGUCUCUUUCCCCUAGAGGUUGCCUGCCCCCGCUGGUGAACUAAUUUCGACGACCUUCAGCAUGAGAAUUUGCACCAUUUUUGCAGCACUGCUCACCCUGCAGUCGGUGGCUUAUGGUCGCCCGCGAGCGGACUUUGGCAUUGCGCAGAGCGUGCCGAACAGUGGCAAAGUGCUCGAACGGGCGCUCGAGGCGCUGCAAUCGUUCAGCGACCUGGACAAUGGCGGCACCGUCAACAUCAAGUCGGGCUACGAGCUGCUCAUCCAGGUCGCCAAUAUGGUCAACUCGAUCGCCACCAAACUGUCCCACACCGGUACCGCCCUCAUGGACACGAUUGUGACGCUGGCCAACGACGAGGCAGGACCCGUAGCGGGUGUGUUCGGUCAAGUGAACGCUGCCCUGGCCGAACUGGAGCAGCUGAUCAACGGCGGUCUGAAGGUGGAACUGAGCACACUCGACAGUAGAUUGGGCCCGGCGCUUGGCAACCAGUUCCGGGAUGGGUUCCGGGGCAUUACCGCGGCGCUGAAGAAAUUAUCGACCGUGCUGACCGAGCUGCAGGCGGCCAUUGAGGCCGCCCAGAAGGCAGCGGGUGGUGGACCGGUGACGGCGCUGCAUGUCCGAACCUUCGUUCCGAUUACACUGACCAACCGGCUGCUGACCGCGCUAGCUCAGCUGCGCUCAGCCCUGCCGGUGGUUUCGUUUGUGAUCAAGCGAACGGUGGGAUGACUACGUUCAGUGACUGCUGCAACACUUGUCUAAUAAAUCGAACCGCAGCAAACAA